GAGUCGCUUACCCGUCUACUUCUCACAUGCUUCCCCUGGGACAUCAGUCAAAAAUGUUCAGCACUACGCCCAGAGCAUCGCCAGCGGCAAAUUUCAGCGCUUUGAUUAUGGUAUCUUGAAAAAUUUGCUGAUCUAUGGUCAAAUACAUCCUCCGGAAUACGAUUUGUCCAAGAUCACUGUACCCACAGCGAUUUUCCAUGGUGGCAAUGAUUGGCUGGUAGUGGAGGAAGACAUCAAUCAGCUUGCGUUAGAGAUCAACAAGACACUAAUUGGUAAAUAUUUGCUGACACAUUACCAACACACUGAUUUUAUUUGGGGUUUGGACGCCGGAUAUGUACUGUAUCCAUCGGUGCUUGAUAUCCUACAGCAGUAUUGAGGUCCCUUAAUUUUGUUCUUAAAACUUUUACUCAGGUCCCUUCAUCUGGUGAAUUGGUUUUCCUCUUUUGCUUUGUGAUGCAAAAGUUUCCUUCUAAAAAUAUAUAUAUUGCGC